AUGGCCGUCAUCGGGUCAGGGCCAGCCGGUUUCUAUACCUCCUAUAAGGUGAUGUCGAAGAUUGAAGAUGCUGUCGUGGAUAUGUAUGAACACCUACCGGUGCCUUUUGGAUUGGUUCGUUUCGGGGUUGCGCCGGAUCAUCCUGAUGUGAAGAAUUGCCAGGACAAAUUUCAAGAAGUCGCAGAGUCACCAAGAUUCAACUUUGUUGGCAAUAUUGCCAUUGGCAAUUCUGACUCGGAGCUGCCUUUGCAGUCACUACUUCCACAUUACGAUGCGAUACUCUUCGCGUAUGGCGCUUCGAAAGAUCGAACCUUGAAUAUCCCAGGUGAAGGAACACUCAAAGGCAUAUACUCAGCUCGAGCGUUUGUCGGCUGGUAUAACGGUCUGCCAGAGUACGCUGGGCUGGCGCCAGAUCUCUCGUUGGGUGAAGAAGCUGUCGUCAUUGGACAAGGAAAUGUAGCAUUGGAUGUUGCUCGUAUUCUCUUGGAAGAUGUCAAUGUUCUUCGGAAGACAGACAUCACCGAUGAGGCUAUCCAAACCCUGGAGAAGAGCAAGGUUAAGAGGGUCAAUGUCGUGGGAAGAAGAGGUCCGCUACAGGCUGCUUUUUCUAUCAAAGAAGUUCGAGAACUUGUGCGGCUACCAAACGUAGCAUUUCAUCCAGUAGAUGCCACCUUGAUUCCCAAAGACCUGAAAAGCUUAGACCGACCGCCGCGUCGGAUAAUGGAAGUCCUUCUUAAGGGUGGAAAUUCCUUGGUCUCUGAGACGCCAAGAUCAUGGUCACUCGACUUCUGCAUGUCGCCGACUUCGUUCAACCCAGAUCAAACAAAUGAAGAUAAGCUAGGGAAUGUUGCUUUCGAGAAAACGUCUCUACAUCCAAGCCCCUUUGAUCGUAGCGCAAAGGCCAUUGGUACUGGAGAAAAAAUAUAUCUACCUGCUUCGCUUGCUAUGCGUUCAAUAGGCUACAAGUCCGAAGCACUUCCUGGCUUUGAUACUCUCAACAUACCGUUUGAUAACACAAAAGGGGUAAUACCAAAUGACUUUCUUGGUCGUGUUGUCGAUAACCAAAAGGACUGGUUGCAGUCCGCGACAGCAACACCCAUGCCAGGCAUGUAUUGUGCUGGUUGGGUCAAAAGAGGACCAACUGGUGUUAUCGCCAGUACUAUGGAUGAUGCGUUCUCCACGGCCAGUUCGAUAGUCAUGGACUGGAAAGAAAACAAACCCUUCCUGAACCCUGACGGAAACACCGGUUUGGGUUGGGAAGGCGUCAAAGCCGGAGCGGCUGAAAGAAAUCUUAGAAGAAUCAGCUGGGAAGACUGGAAAAGAAUAGACGCAGCAGAAAAAGAAAAUGGCCGCAAGGUCGGCAAGGAAAGAGAAAAGUUCACCAGCAUAUCUAAAAUGCUUGCUGUUCUGGACUAA